AUGAUUUAUUUAAACUUUGUUAUUCUUAGCUACUUAACUUAGUUGACAAAAUAAGCAAUAGAAGAGACUCCCUUAGAAAAAAAUGACAUUUUUGAGAAGUGUCUUUAAUAUGAAAACGGAAAUUGCAAAUUGUGUGAGACCCAGACAUUUUUGUUCAAAUUACCACAGGAUAAUUUGGAAAUGGGCUUGAAAAAGGGCACAAAAAUAUGCGUAUAAUGUCCAUACAAAGGGUUCCAUGAUAAAAGCAAUUUGUAUUGUGGAGAUUGUCUAGAUAACAGUUAGACUUGGGAUUAGUCUCGAUUAUGCACUUACGAUUAUAAGGCACGAACGAUGUUGGACACUUCUGUAUUUCACAAGGUGGAUAGAAGUGCAAAACAGUUGUUUUAUGUAAUUGAAUCUGGUACUAAAGAAUUCACGACUACGAUGUGUGAGGGUUGUGCAAAUUUUUGUACCUCCAAGAGCUCAUCAUGUUUCCCUGUUUCUUUAUAAUAUUAGUAUGAUGUAAACAAUCUUUUUAUUGCAUGUGCAGAAGGGUUCGCCUACAACGAAAUCACCAGCGGAUGUGAUUCUUGUCCUGAAAACUGCCAGUCCUGCGAAAUCAACAACAUAAGAACAACAGAUAGCGAUGGAAAAGUCACAGUAAAUACAAAAAAAGAUUGUUUAAUAUGCAAUAAAGGAUUUAGUUUGAUGACCACAAGGCUUAGUCUAAAUAGUGCUUAAACUUAUAGUCAAUGCAUCCCAUGCUUUACUGGAUGCAGUGAAUGCUUCUUUGGUAAUGAUGAAGUCAAUUUGAACACUGAACCAUGGGAUACAUACAACAACUAUAAUGAACUAUUCAUAGCAGCUAACACUCAACCAACCAGUGCUGCGUAUGACAAAUUAAGAACUCUUGGGAUAUAUUAGAGAUGUUCUGAAUGUGUAAGCACAUCACAAAACACUUAUAUACCUUCAUUGGAUAAAUUAACAUGUGUUAGAUGCGGUACUAAUUGUAAUAAUUGUGAAUACGUUUCGUAUACCUUAACAACAAAUAAAUAUCCCACGAGAAAUAAGAACACUGUGAUUACUAUUACAGACACAACAUUAAGUCAGUAUGUAUUGAGAUGUAGAGAAUGUGAUAAUUACUUUUAUACAUUCUAAGCAACAGGAACUGGAUGUGCUGCUUGUACAAUUUCAAAUUGUAAACUUUGUCAUAUGGCUGGUAAUCCUGAUGCUGGAGCAGAUAAAUCAUUUUCGACUUUAAAUCCAGACUUUGUACCAUUAGAAAAGGAAGAAUUUGCAAUUUAGUUAUGUUUAUUAUGUUAAGAUAACCUAAUCCUAUCGAAUGAUGGCAAAACUUGCACUCCACAAAUUGAUGGAACUGAUAUAAUUCCGGCAAUUCCUUUUCCUGCUGGAUGCUUGACAUAUCAAAAUGAUUCGAAUAAUAAAUAAUAAUGCAAAAAGUGUGAUGUUACAUAUACUCUAUUCCUUUCAGAAGUUACAGGAUUAUGGGAAUGCGAGAGAACAUGCUAAGAAAACUUGUAAGAUUAUCUCUGUUAAUCUUGUUUGUAUAUUGAUGAUAAAUACAGAUGUCUAUAUUGUUUAGAUGGCUUCUAUGUUGAUAAUGUAAGUGGCAAAUGUCUUCCUUGUUCGGCUAACGGGUUCUGUAAAGAAUGCUACAGAUACUCACUUCUGAGUAUUCACAGAACUGAAUACUAUUUAUAUGCAGAUGAUGGUGAUAGAGAUGUCUAUGGUCCAUAUUGUUAUACUUGUACUGCAGGGGACAAUGAGAAAGGGCCCUUUUUGAAUGAAGAUCUCAGAUAUUGUGAGAAGGGAGGAGAGGCUUGCUUUAGUUUUUCUGCCAAAGGAAGUCAAGGCUAUUGUGAUAAAUGUGACUAUGCUAAGUUGACGAGUUCAAUAACAAGAUCAGCUUCACUUGAUGACGCUGAUUGUAUCGAAUGUCCUUAAUUUACUAUUGGGUGCAGAAUCAGAACAGCUGAAGAAAUUAAUUUGGUUAAUAAAUUCUUUAAUCCCAUAAACCAGUAAUAUGAAGAAUAUUCACGAUUGGCGUUUAUUUGUGAUUCUAGUUCUUCAUAUUACUUGGAUACUCACUUGGGUAGAUGCGUUGAAAAAAAAGAUGGUUUGGAGGAAUGUGUGCGUUCUGAUAUAAUUGAAAUAGAAGCUGAUUGUACUCAAUAUGAAGAUGAUGUUGCUAAUAAAUGGAAGGUCAAUUCUUAAUUUGGAGAUAUCACAAAGAAAACCACUAUAAUCAAUCUAGAAGAUAAAUUAGAUAUCGCCCUAAGAAAUCAAUUAUAUUUGGACUACAAUGAAAAAGUUGUUAGUAAAUUAACCAUUAAAUUAAAAUUUCAUUAUGAUACUGAUUCCAAAAAUAAUAAAUGUUAUUUCUAAAAAAACACAUAUUUCACAACCAAUUUUAGGAGAAAUGUAUUUUCUUUAUCAGAAGUUGAGCUUGAAAUAUCAGUUGUAGGUGCAACUGAAGCAGAGAAAAUGCAAUGGUAUGUGCAAAACACUAUUUAUUUUGAGUAUUUUACAACAGUAAAGUUGACUCAGAUUGAGAUUUUACCUGCUACUGAUUUAGACCCUAUAAAUAUGUUCUCUAAUGUAUAGAAGUUUGAAAAACCAUUUGGGUUUGAAUUAACCAAAAAUGAUGGCUCUAAGUUGAUCUUGGAGAAUGUCAAAAUUGGCAAUGGACAAGCAUAAGAUCAUUAUCAAUCAUUAUUGUAUACCACUCCUUAUAGUGAGAUGUCUCAAAAUCUUAAAAAAUAUAAACCUUUUUACACAGUCCUACUUAAUACCUAUGAUAUCUAAUUAAAUAAUGUGUUGAUAACUUCGCAAAAUUAUCUACUGGGAAGUGAAGCAGCUUUCUAAGUUAAACCUUUUGGUCUCACAUACAAUGAAGAUGCUAAAUUGCCUUACUUUACUAUUAAUUUGGAGAAUGUAAGAUUCUAAGAUUUCUCUGUUGAAAGCCAAGCUGUCUUUGAAUUAUAAGAUAUUACUCUGAUAACUCAAUCAGAAUGGAACAGUAAGAUCUUCCUCAAAAAAGUAAUCUUUAAUGAUGCUUAUUUCAUAAAUGAUGGUGCUUUCUUGAGUACAUAGGUCACAAAAACCCCAACAGGAAUGAUCUUAGUUGAAAACUUAAAUCUGAAUAAUAUCGAAUACAAUAAUUCAAGAGGUAUUAUGAACUUUCAAACCAUGUAAAAAGUAUCUAUAUCUGGCUUUGAGAUGACCAACAGCAGAGUUAAUUAUACAUCCCUUUUCUACAUCACCACUAUUGAUAUCAGUGGUGUUUAUGUUUACAAUACUACGUUUACAUACUUUGGCAAAGUAUUUGAGACUUAGUUUGAUAUUAUGACAAUCAGACCCACCGAUCCUGAAUAUUCUGGUAUUAAACUUAAAUUUUAGGAUAUGGAAUUCAUUGAAAUCAAUUGUCUCUAUCCUGCUUGUAUAAUGUUAUUAACAUCAAUUAAAAAUGAUUAUGAAUUGCCUUUGAAUAUUAGCAUGAAGAACAUUAUCAUUUAAUAGAUCAAGACCUAUGGGUUCAAUGAGACAAUUUUGGAGGCUGCAACCAGUGCUGCCAUUCAAAUCUAGAAGUCAUACACAUUGCAAGUUGAAAACUUCCAAAGUAUUUAGAAUCCUAAUCUAACUAUAUUUUACACAGAUUAAAUCCAGGAAAUUACAUUUAUCAAUUUGAUAUGCUCUUAGAAUGAAGGCAUUAACAUACGUAAUAACUACUGCGUUUUCAUUAAUAACUUUUACAGGAUAGUUAAACUACUCAAUAUUGACCUCUUAAAUUUGAAUGGUAUCGACAACUCCUUCAUAGGGAUAUCUUCUUGGAGCAAUCUUGUUUAUAACACGAGUGGCGAAGCAUUUCACGAACAGAUCACCAUUCAAAAUGUGAUGGUGUAAUAAUGUACGAUAACAACAACAGUCUUGGCUGUCCCAUCUGGUGCAAUCUUGAUUGAUUCGACCUAAGAAUAAACAGUAUCGAUAUCAGGCCUUUACUUCGAAAAGAAUAGACAUUUUUCUGCAUCCUAUUUGAAAGGCACUUUAAGACCCAGCAAUCCUACAUUUUUAAUCAGGAGUGUUGUAGGAACUUUGAAUUUAUAGAACUCCUUUUGGAAAAACAAUUACGUGAGUGGAUUCGGAGCAGUCCUGUAUUUGGAGUGUGGAAUUCAAAUUAUCAACAAUAUCACAAUGAUCAAUAGUAAUUAUGAUCCAACUUUAUUGUAAAAUCAAGAUCCGUUUACAUACGAUAUAAAUCAAGUGGCCGAGGGUGGACAUGUCUACAUGGCUGGAUACAACGUCAAAUUGUUAAAUUCCUAAUUUACUAAUUCUACUGCCAAAGUGGGAGGAGCUGUCUAUUUGAAAACAUUAAAGGAAGGGCAAGGCUAUAUCAAUAACACGAUCAUUAAGAAUGCCUUCACUCCUAUCAACGGAGCAGUAGUUUCUAGAGGUGGGUGCAUCUAUAUUGAUUCCACAUCGUCCUCAUUGAAUUUAUUACUAGAGAAUAUGGACUUGAGCAACUGUAUUGCAAGGGCAGAUGGAGGGGGAAUCUAUAUGAUUGCUUCAGAUAGAUAACAAUUAUUCACCCUCAAAGACUCAAUAAUAUCGAAUUGUUACGGACUGAGUGGAACAUCAGUAAAAGUCAAAUUUGAUGAUAGAACCUAAUAGGUUUAGAAGAGCAGAUUGUAAGAUAUAAAAAUAUCUGGUAAUUAUACAAAUGCUCUUGAUUUCUUUAGCAAUUUGAGCAACUUUCAGAUCAUAGAGGAGUUUCUAUUUAUUAAGCGAUUAGCUGCAUUCGAGUAGGAUAAUGGUUAAUUCGAUCUUCAAAACCUGUAUAGUGAGGGACUCUAUUUUUAUGGUUUGAUAUCACUAGUCAAUCCUAAUUUAGUGAGAAUAAAUACGAUAGAGUCAUAACAUGGCAUAUUAUCAUACAGACCAUAUAUAGAAAUCUUAGAACCUUUGGUAAAUCCUGUAGUCGUAGAUUCGAUUCAGUUUCGUAACAUUUCAUCAAUGAAUGUCAGUGUGAGUUGUAGUAAUAGUAAACUCACAAAUGAGUAGAAUGCCUAUUGCAAGAUACUGCAAUCUAGGGUUGACUUCCCAGAGUAUGUGAUUAAUCCAGCAAUGAUGUUGAUAGAUCAGAUCACAAAAAAUACUCCAUUGUUAUUGAGGAAUUUGUUUAUAAAUCGAGUAGAAUGUAAAGAAUGUUAUGGAGGAUUGGUCUAGGUCAUGAGAGUGUCUAAUAGUGAUCUUAGAUCCUUAGUCCAAAUGAGUAUGUGUCGAUGUUCCAAGUCCUCGGCUGGAUAUUAUGGGUGUUACAUGGCAUCAUCAGCCUAAUAUUAGACAAUCUUAACGACUGAAGACAACAGAAUAAAUAUCAAUUUUACAUCGGCACUUACUUUAAAUAACAUUUUAAAGAAGACAGGGUUGAGAAGUAGAAGAAGAAGAAGAUUGCUAUCUGAUGAGAUCUUGCCUUCAGAUUUCAAUUAUGCAAUUCCAUCUCCAACUUAUCUGGCUCAUGUGGUGGUAGAUUCGAUGAAUAUCCAAGAUGUUUAGGCCGUUCAUGGGGGUGGUCUCUCAAUUUAUGGAUUGACAGCCAAUAUCACCAAUACAUAUUGCACCCAAGCCAUAGUAAGUGGAUAGGGAGGGUGUGUUUAUUAUGAGGCUUAGCCCAAGAGGGAUGGAGUUGUCUAUCAGAGGUUGAAUUUGGCUAAGAGUGUGUUCUUCAAGAAUAAUGCAAGUAUUGGUGGAGCUAUUAGAGUGAAAGAGAGUGGUAUUAAUUUGUGGAACAAGACUGGAAAUACUAUGUUGUAGAAUUAUGCUACUCUGUAUGGAGAUGACGUGGCUGAAUAUCCUACUCAUCUAGGAAUACUUAUAAAUGGAUAAUUGCAGAACUCAAGCAAUCUCAAUAAAAACACUGGAUGGUUGCAUUACCCACUUGUCAUCAAGAGUGGUUAGUUGAUGUAAGACUUUGAGAAUCAGACUGUGUUAUUGGUAUUCCUGAAUCAGAAUGAAGAAAUUAUGAAGUAUCAAUUUGAUGCCUAAGCAAUUAUGCAGUCUAAUAUUACUACCUCCAUUUAAGGGGAGUCUCUGAGAAUCUUCAAUUUGAAUCAGCAAGGAUUCGUUUACUCGAACCUCCAAAUUUUAUUCGACCCUUAUCAGAAUGUUACAUUGGACAUUAUUUUGAACAGCUCUUUAGUCAAUAUCCCUCGUUAUUAUACUGAAUAUCCAUAUCAAUUGAUGGGAUUCGACACGGGAUACACACUGUUAGCCAGAGUGAGAUCUGUUGAAUGUGAUCGUGGGGAAGCUUACAAUCCUCAAUAGGGUUCAUGCAAUCCCUGUCCCAUUGGUUAAUAUGUGUUGGUGUACAAGGGAAUUUGCAAAUAAAUAGAUGAGGGAUCGAUGAACUACACAGUCAGAAAUAAGAUUAGUUUAAAAUAUCAUUAUUGGAGACCCGAUCAUCUGAAUGAUCAAGCUGAGAAUUGCAAAAAUAAAGUAAUCAAUUGUAUCGGAGGAUUCAACGUUGGAAAUGAUGUGUGCGUAGAAGGAACCAUAGGAGCCUUAUGUGAGGAAUGCGAUAUUCAUGGCACAUUUUGGGGUUCCAAAUACAGUAACUCUGCCAAAUAUGAAUGUGGUACUUGUCAAGACAACACUCGAAACAUCAUUAUGAUUCUGUUCUUAUCAAUCUUCACCUUAUAUUCUACAGUUACUACAGUGGAUGCAAACAAAGAGAAAAUGAGAAGCAUCAUUCUUUACGAAAUUUUCACUAAGUUGGGAUGGGCUUCAUCACAAAAUGCAGGAGCAAAUGCCGCUGUCCUCUUAAAGAUCUUCAAUAAUCAUACUUAAAUCUUGUCUAUUCUAAGUGGUUUUCAGAUUGAGAUACCAACGGGAGCAGUGGAUUCAGUCAAUACCGUCAGUAUGCCAGCAAAAACAGUAGGAAAUGCCUUAGAUUGCUUCUUAGCCGAUGACACUUGGGGUAUUGACUUAAUCUACUUUCGUAUCAUUUGGUCGUUCAUUAUGUAAGGAUUUUACAUAGUAGCCAUGCUGAUUAUCAUGUUUAUAAGGUAUGGGGUGGAAUUCAAGAUUCAACAGGUAUAAACUAUGGCCAUUUACUUGUUCCUACUCUUACAACCCAAUUACGUCAUGGAAUUUAUGACUCUGAUUUCCAGUCGUGUAAUAUCUGGGAACAUGUAUAUUAUGGCAAAUGUUUCAUAUCGAUAUGACACUUUCAAACAUGAUCAAUGGAUUGCAGCCUUUGGAGUUCCUGGAUUGAUCUUAUGGUUAAUCGUCUUACCAGUUAUCUUCUGGUACAUUUGCUAUUAAGGGGCAUAAUAGAUGAAGUUGAAUUCCAUUAUCUUCCGUUAAUCCUGGGGAUUCUUUUAUUACGAAUACAGCAGAAAACGAUACUACUGGGAGUUCUUGAAGAUAUUCUACCGCUCUCUUAUUAGUGUCUUGAUCUGCUAUUUCCAAGAGGAAAUCAUAGUUAAAGGAAUCCUCUCAUUCAUUGUAAUUUAUGGCUAUUAUGGAUUGACAAUUCAUUUCAAUCCUUACGAUCUAAGGAAACUAAACUACUUGGAUCAACUCUCUACAGUAGUUUUGUCUCUCUCCCUAGUUGUAGGCGUCUUCCUUUAUAGAACCAUACAAAUCAAUUUCUUUGGCUUAACCUAUGCUGGGUAUGUAGUAAUUGCCAUAUUGAAUGCAAUCUUCUUAUUGCUGCUCUUUUACAAUCUUUUUGAGGAGAAGUUCUAAGAAUUUGCACAAUCUUUAGAUUAAGUUAGAGACAAAAUCAAAGAGAAGUAUCCUCAUCUCCAAUAAAAUCCCCAUAUUGGACCUCUUCUUUAAAACCGUACCAAACUGAAUCAAAAGGCCAGAAUAAUGUGGUAAUAGUUGAGUAAAAUCGUGAAUCGAAGCAUAAUCAAUUGGAGAUAGGAUAAAUCUAAGCCUCUAGUUUUCGCUAUUUAUGAAGAUGAACCUGCAAGUGAAUACAACAACAAAAUUAAUCAAAUCCAUCAAGAAUUUGAUUCUUAAUAUGAAUUAUUUUAAUCCAAAGGGGUCGCUUAACACUCUUAAGAAAAAUCAAAGGAUGAUGCCAAAAACGGAAAUUAGCUGAUAUGAUAUGAUAUGAGCUCUAACUUUUAAUAAAGUUUGUUAAGUUUUUAUAUUAAUCUAUUA